CUAGCAACAUUUAGGAGCUAACACACUAACAACAAUAGCCUUGGAGUAAAGACGUCAAUGGUCGUGGAGGGCCCCAUACAGCUUGUGUGCCUCACAGCCAGCAGCGGGGUCCCUCUUUUUACCAGGGGGGCCUCCAGGCAGCUCCCCUUCUCCAUCAUUGGCUCCCUGAAUGGGGUGCACAUGUUUGGGAGUGGCCACGGCGUGCUGUUGUCCAGCUGUGAGACGGAAGGAGGUGAAAAAGUGGUGUGGCGAGUCUUCCAGGACAGCGUGAUGCUCAUCGCCACCAGCGCAGGCCACCAAGCGGGCAGCAGUAAAGGGGAGCCGGUGCACCUCCAGCGCCUCCUGGAGAACGUGUGGAGCUGCAUGGUGAUGGUGCUGGGCCAGGACGAGUUGGCCAACGUGAGGAACGUAGAGCGACUCAAGAAGGACCUGCGCGCCUGCUUCGGCCUCAUCGAUGAGCUGCUGGAGGACCGGCGGGACGGCGUCCUGGGCCUGCUGACGCACUGCACCGACUGCCUGCUGCCGCCGCAGCCGCCACUCCUUCAGGAGGCCGUGCAGGGCUUCGCCGCGGCCGCGGACAGCGAAUUCGGCUGUCUCCUCGUUCACGGGCGGGUCGCAGCCGCCACGGAAAUGUGGUGGCGCCUGGCCCCGCAGGAGAUAGUGCUUCUCUCCGCGUUGAUGCGCUCGCUCUCGGACUCUGCGUCCGCCUCCUGUGACUACCCGGUGUUUCUCCCUCAAGGCAGCCCCACCGUGGCGCACCGCCUGCUCCGCUUCCAGCUGCUGCCCGGUGCUGACGUGUGCGUGCUGUGCGGGCCCACGCCCUCCCUACACCACGCUGAGAGCAACCUGGUGGGUCGCUUUUGGUCGCCCCUGGUGGACAUCUUGAGAAAUUGCCUUGCCGUCGGGGAGCGCUGCCUCCCGGCGUCCGUAUCUCUACAGCCGGAUGUCUUAGCCUUUCUCCUCAUCAACCGCGAGAACCACCGCUCGGUGUCCAGCGUGCUGCACCCGUUAUGUCCUCACCUGCAAGAUGAUCCCGCUUUAACCUCUAAAACACGCUGCUGGGAACUCCUGAAGCUCUUCUACAUCCUUUGCAUGACGCGCUACUUCAAGCAGGGGGAAGCAAGUCCUCCAAAAGAGGAGACGGAGGAGGGAGCCCCCACAGAGGACUUAUUACAUGGACUCUCCCACCAGCCACUGCAGUGCUAUUUGGUCACAGACGAGUGUAAAAGCUUUGGACUUCAGACGCCACAACAUCAGCUUUUCCUGCUCUUUCCUCUGGCGGUGCCGACAUUUGCCCUGCACACUGUCGCCGCACACACACUCGCUUCCAUAACGACAUCUACUUUCUUCUAA